UGCAUUUAUGCCAUUAGUGUGCCCUAGGAAUCACUGCUGGAUCUCUAGGUGACGAUUCCAUGAGGAUGUACCAUCUGAAGGUGGGCUGAGCUGCAGAUAUUCCACUGGACAUAGGAGAGCUUGACCUCAGCCAGCUGACAGCCUCUCUUACAACACCCUCGGUGCGAGAGGAGCCCUGCCUGCUGAAGAUGCUGCGUAACGCUCACAUUGGAAUCUCCUUUGUUUCCAAGGAGAUUGGUGAGCACCUUGUUAACAUCAAGAAGAACGGCCGUCAUGUUCCCAGCAGCCCAAUUGCUGUUAUGAUCAAGCAGUCAGGGAUUGGUGAUGUGAGCCGUGUGAGUGGACCGGGGCUGACCGAGGACAGGACCUUUCAGCCUGCAGAGUUCAUCGUGAUGCAGGUUGUUAGGCUGUCGAUAUCCUCCUACAGCGGCUGAGAUCCUUUGGUGUGAACAGGACUCUUCUACGACACUGUGGUGGCGUCUGCUGUCUUUUAUGCUGUGGUCUGCUGCAGUGGUGGAAUGGCAGAGAGGGACUGGGGGAAACUUAACAAACUGGUCAAGAGGCCCAGCUCUGUCCUGGACUGUCUGCUGAAGUUCAUUGAGCAGAUAAGCUAACAUCCAUCAUGGACAGCCCCUCCCACCCCUUGCAUGAGACUGUACGAGCACUGAGCAGCUCGUUCAGCAGAAGACUUUUACACCCACAGUGUAGGAAGGAGCGCUACCAAUUCAGUCAUUCUUACCAGCAGCUGUCAGACUAUAAUCCAGUUUAACAUGGUUAUCUGACUCAUCACCUGUUUAAUUAACAUAUCAAUGUUUUUAAUUGCUGCUGCUCACUUGCAGCUUGUUUGUACACUGUAUAUUUCACCAGGAUCAUUUCUUCUUCAUUUCUCCUUUUCUUCUUCAGUCUUCUUUUGCGGCUCUUUCACUGAAUUUUAGUCAGAGCGCGGUGAAACUUGGUGUUUGGUAUCGAUGAUAGCUCUGGAAGAUAGCUUGUGGUUCAGUUUUGUUUGUUUAGUGGACUUGUGUGCAUUUACGUAACAGCUCUUUUAAUCAUGGCUUCUUUUCGUUGUGUUUGGUGGUUGUAGAAAUGGUUUAUAUGAGAUUUUAGCUGAGAUGUGCCCACAGAGUGAAUGUAAAAUGCAAAUGAAGCAGUAGAAACAGUCUACGUCAUUUCCUGGAUGCUGUACGAAAAGUAACGGUAAGAAAUCGAAGGCGUGACCGUU